GAGUAUUGGUGGAGGGUGGGGGAAGGUGGGGGGUUAUGAAAGAGCCCCUCUGUCCAUCUAACAGUGAGUACCUGUCAGGUUGCCCAGGCAGCAGCGAUGGACCUGCUUCAGAAAAGCAAGUACAGCCACUUCCGAAAUGACUCUGUCACCUCCCUGGAUGAGGUGGCGCCGGAGAUGGUGGCCCCCUCUCCCCUCUCUUCCCCCCCUUCCUCCACCUCCUCCUCCUCCUCCUCCUCCUCUCUGGCCCCCAUGCUGCCCAUCAGCGAACUCUUCCAGCCAGAGGACAGCCCAACUACACUCUGCUCCUUCUUCCCACGGAUGGCCAAUCUCAAGCUCUCCAACCCGGCCAGCCUGCUAAACCUGAGGGCCUUCUCCGGAGGGGUGGCUGAGGAGGAGGAGGAAAAGGGAGGCGGAGGCGAGGAACCCCCCAGCAUGCCCGAAUCUAGACCUCUGCCUCUUUUCUUUCGCCCGUUGCAGGACAUGAACAAGCUCGGCUGCGGAGGGAAGAAGACGCGAGUGGAAGGGGGGCAGCUCGGCGGCGACGAGUGGACUCGCCACGGCAGCUUCGUCAACAAGCCCAGCCGCGGCUGGCUGCACCCAGACGACAGGGUGAUGGGAUCGGGGGUGUCCUACCUCGUCAGAUACAUGGGCUGCGUGGAGGUACUCCAGUCUAUGAGAGCGCUAGACUUCAACACCAGGACCCAGGUCACAAGGGAAGCUAUAGGAGUGGUCUGUGAAGCUGUGCCAGGAGCUAAAGGAGCAAUCAGGAGGAGGAAGCCCUGCAGCCGGUCCCUGUCAGCCAUCCUGGGCAAGAGCAACCUGCAGUUCGCUGGGCUGCCCAUCACCCUCACCAUCUCCACCAGCAGCCUCAACCUCAUGGCACCCGACUGCAAGCAGAUAAUUGCUAACCACCACAUGCAGUCCAUAUCCUUUGCCUCAGGAGGGGACCCAGACACUGUCGAGUAUGUCGCUUAUGUUGCCAAAGACCCUGUGAAUCAAAGAGCCUGCCACAUCCUCGAGUGCUCGGACGGUCUGGCGCAGGACGUGAUCAGCACCAUCGGACAGGCCUUCGAGCUGCGCUUCAAGCAGUACCUGAAGAACCCGCCCAAGCUCGUGACCCCGCAUGACAGGAUGGCAGGAUUUGAUGCCUCAGCGUGGGACGAGGAGGAGGAUGAGCAAGCGGACCACCAGUACUACAACGACUUCCCGGGCAAGGAGCCCCCUCUUGGUGGGCUGGUAGACGUCAGGCAGCGGGAAGGGGUGGCGGCACCCAGGAGUUCAGCCGCGUCAUCUCAACUGCCCAAUCACAUGGGAGCCACGUUGCCUGUCGGCCAGGCGUCUGGGAAUCUCUACGACAUUCGCUCCUCUGACGCUCAAAAGCACCCAUCCACGGUACAAGGUGCCGUCCCAAACAGGUUUACGCAGCCUGGGAAGAGCAGCAGCCGUUCCGACCUGUUCGACGACCCAUCGUACGUCAAUGUGCAGAGCCUGGAGAAAGGGAAGCCCCAGCCUGGGGCCGCUCACGCCAACGGCAGCACCCAGAAGGACAUCUUCGACAUGAAGCCGUUCGAGGACGCACUGAGGUCCCCCCACCAGCUGCCUCUUGCCAGCAGCCCUCCCACGCAUAUCACAGCCUCCAUGGAGGAGCAGCUGCUUAAGGAGGUCUGGUACCAAGGCAAGAUGAACCGCAAGGAGGCCGAGAAGCUGCUACGGUCCAACGGAGACUUCCUGGUGCGCGAGAGCACCACCACCCCCGGCCAGUACGUGCUGACCGGGCUGCAGAAUGGACAGCCCAAGCACCUGCUGCUCGUCGACCCAGAGGGCGUGGUGCGGACCAAGGACCACAGGUUUGAGAGUGUGAGCCACCUGAUCAGCUACCACAUGGACAACCAGCUACCUAUCCUGUCUGCUGGCAGUGAGGUGUGCCUGCAGCAGCCCGUAGAGCGCAGACUCUAGUCCCAUGGGC